CCGGUUCCCGAGGCAGCUAGAGCGGGGCCCAGGACGGUGCGUCCGGCCUCGCCCACGGCUUCUCGCCCAGACAAGUUUGAACAAUGAUCACAGUCAACCCCGAUGGGAAGAUAAUGGUCAGAAGAUGCCUGGUCACCCUGAGACCCUUUCGGCUGUUUGUCCUGGGUAUUGGCUUCUUUACUCUCUGCUUUCUGAUGACAUCUUUGGGAGGCCAGUUCUCUGCCCGGCGCCUGGGGGACUCACCCUUCACCAUCCGCACAGAAGUGCCAGGCGGCCCUGAGUCCCGCGGCGCCCUCCGCAAGAUGAGCGACCUGCUGGAGCUGAUGAUGAAGAGGAUGGACAUGCUGGCCAGGCUGGAGAAUAGCAGUGAGCUGCACCGGGCUGCCAGUGUCGCGCACUUAGCUGCGGACAGACUCACCCCAGGGGCCAGCCUCAUCGAAAGGAUCCAGGCCAUUGCCCAGAACGUGUCUGACAUCGCUGUGAAGGUGGACCAGAUCCUGCGCCACAGCCUGAUUCUGCAUAGCAAGGUGUCUGAAGGUCGGAGGGACCAGUGUGAAGCACCCAGUGACCCCAAGUUCCCUGACUGUUCGGGGAAAGUGGAGUGGAUGCGUGCCCGCUGGACCUCUGACCCCUGCUACGCCUUCUUUGGAGUAGACGGCACCGAGUGCUCCUUCCUCAUCUACCUCAGUGAGGUUGAGUGGUUCUGUCCCCCGCUUCCCUGGAGGAACCAGACAGCCACCCGGACAGCCGCCAAGUCCCUUCCCAGAGUCCAGGCUAUGUUCCGGAGUAACCUGUCCCACCUCCUGGAGCUGAUGGGCAGUGGGAAGGAGUCCCUCAUCUUCAUGAAGAAGCGAACCAGGCGGUUCACCGCACAGUGGACCAAAGCUGCCAAGUACCUAGCACAGAAGCUGGGGGACAUCCGGAGGGACCAGAAGCAAAUCCUUGUCCACAUCGGCUUCCUGACAGAGGAGUCUGGGGACGUGUUCAGCCCAAGGGUGCUGAAGGGCGGGCCUCUGGGAGAGAUGGUGCAGUGGGCAGACAUUCUGGCUGCUCUGUACAUGCUGGGCCACAGCCUGCGGGUCACAGUCUCCCUGAAGGAGCUGCAGAGUAACUUAGGGGUGCCGCCAGGCCGGGGGAACUGCCCACUCACCGUACCUCUGCCUUUUGACCUCAUCUACACGGACUAUCACGGCCUGCAGCAGAUGAAACAGCACAUGGGGCUGUCCUUCAAGAAGUACCGGUGCAGAAUCCGAGUGAUCGACACCUUCGGGACGGAGCCAGCGUACAACCAUGAGGAGUAUGCCACACUGCAUGGCUACCGGACCAACUGGGGAUACUGGAACCUCAACCCCAAGCAGUUCAUGACCAUGUUCCCUCACACCCCAGACAACUCCUUCAUGGGCUUCGUGUCUGAGGAGCUCAAUGAGACCGAGAAGCAGCUCAUCAAAGACGGCAAAGCCAGCAACAUGGCAGUGGUGUACGGCAAGGAGGCGAGUAUCUGGAAGCUCCAGGGCAAGGAGAAGUUCCUGGCCAUCCUCAACAAGUACAUGGAGAUCCACGGCACCGUGUACUAUGAGAGCCAGCGGCCACCCGAGGUCCCUGCCUUCGUGAAGAACCACGGCCUUCUGCCACAGCCUGAGUUCCAGCAGCUGCUGCGUAAGGCCAAGCUCUUUAUAGGUUUCGGAUUCCCCUACGAGGGCCCAGCACCACUGGAGGCCAUCGCCAAUGGCUGCAUCUUCCUACAGUCUCGAUUCAGCCCACCCCACAGCUCCCUCAACCAUGAGUUCUUCCGGGGCAAGCCCACCUCCAGGGAGGUGUUCUCCCAGCAUCCCUAUGCAGAGAACUUCAUCGGCAAGCCUCACGUGUGGACCGUGGACUAUAACAACUCCGAUGAGUUUGAAGCUGCCAUUAAGGCCAUCAUGAACACCCAGGUGGACCCGUAUCUGCCCUAUGAGUACACCUGUGUGGGGAUGCUGGAACGGAUCAACGCCUACAUCCAACACCAGGACUUCUGUGCGGGUCCCAGCCCCGUUCCACCGGGGUCCAACACUGCCCAGAGUCCCUUUGUCUUAGCCCCUAAUGCAACUCAUCUCGAGUGGGCCCAGAAUAUCAGCUCCGUUCCGGGAGCCUGGCCCCCUCCCCACUCUCUGCGGGCCUGGCUGGCAGCCCCUGGAAGGGCCUGCACGGAUGCCUGCCUGGACCACGGACUAGUGUGCGAGCCUUCAUUCUUCCCUUUCCUCAACAGCCAAGAUGCGUUCCUCAGGCUGCAGGUGCCCUGUGACAGCACCGAGUGGGAGAUGCAUCACUUGUACCCCGCCUUUGCCCAGCCGGGCCAAGAGUGCUACCUACAGAAAGAGCCGCUGCUCUUCAGCUGUGCGGGCGCCAGCACCAAGUACCAGAGGCUCUGUCCCUGCCGUGACUUCCUCAAGGGCCAGGUGGCCUUGUGCCAGGGCUGCCUGUGAGGCCAGAGCCACCCUGCCCAGAACCUGCCCACCGCGGUUGGCAAGCACCAGCACUUUCUGAGCUCCAGCCAGAUACUGCAUGUCUCUUGGCUGCAGCCUCCUCCCCAGCCAAGGGCGGGAAGAGGAAGCUGAAGAGACAGC